AUGUAUUUUAAAAUAAUUAAAUGUAUUUCAAGAAGUAUUAUUCAAUCAAGAAGAAAAAUGUCAGCUAUCAGUGAUAGUAACGUGGGAAAUGAUAGCACUGCUGGAAGCAGUGGGAGUGUAGGUGAAUGUAGUAGUAGAAUGAGUAAACAACAUCAUUCAGCAAAUGUUCUCCAUAGGAUUAGUGGUACACUUGAAGAUAAAAAUAAUGAUUAUCUUUGUCCUAUUUGUUUUGAGAUAAUUGAUGAAGCUCAUAUUACACGUUGUGGUCAUACUUUUUGUUAUCGUUGUAUAGUAAAAUCAUUGGAAGCCAAUGGACGUUGUCCAAAAUGUAGCUAUACAUUAACUCAACAAGAUAUUUUUCCAAACUUUUUGUUACAUGAAUUAAUAUCAAAAUAUAAAACUAGAAUUAAGGGUUUAGCUGAAUUAGGGUCUUCAUAUGCUGCUGAUGGUAGACACAGAGCAGUGGGUACAGAUUUAUCUGUACCACCAUAUGAUGGAUUAAGAGAUAUUGUAGCUGCAGAAAGUGCUAAUCUAACUUUACCAGAUGUAAAUGUAAUGUUAGAAGUGCUAACACAGAGAAAACAUUUACUGGAAGCAGAAACAUGUGCAGCACAGAACAAACUGCUGCAUGAAUUUUUAAAACAUUUACUACAACAGAAGGAAGAACAAAAGAAUCAACUACAAAAAGAAAUAGCUUUGAUUAAAAGAGACAUGGAAGAAGUUGAGAAUAUUUUAAGGGAUGUUCAAAAUAAAUGUCCUAAAGUAGAAGAUUUGAAGAAAUCAAGUGAAAAUGACACUGUACAAAUGUCAGCUAUUAGAAAAGAAAUGAUUGGUCUUAUAGACAUAAUAGAUUCAAACAUGGUAAAGCCAAAUGAAAAAGCAAGUGCUGUUGGAAGUGAUACAUUUGUUAAUCCUACAGGGAGUAAAAAGCAAAAUGAUUAUGCUGUUGGAUCUACUCUAGCUGUACGUAGGAAGAGGAUGCAUGCUCAUUUUGAUGAUUUUGUUCAAUGUUACUUUGAUUCUCGUGCUAAAGAACUACUUCUUGGACAUAAGUCUCAAAGUCAGAGUGACUCAUGGCAAGGCACAAGUUCUGGACUUGAUGUGUUUAGAGAAAAUCUUGUCAAAUUUUCAAGAUAUAAAUCAUUACGUCCAUUAGCAACUUUGAACUACUCAUCAGAUAUUUUUAAUAAUUCUACCAUUGUUUCGAGCAUUGAAUUUGAUAAGGAUAAUGAGUUCUUUGCAAUAGCUGGAGUUACAAAACGUAUAAAAGUAUUUGAUUAUAGUGCUGUAAUAAGAGACACUGUAGAUAUACACUACCCAUGUGUAGAAAUGGUUUCUAGCUCCAAAAUAUCAUGUGUUUCAUGGAAUUCCUUUCACAAAGGAAUGCUAGCAUCAUCUGAUUAUGAAGGAACUGUAACUGUAUGGGAUGCUGCAACAGGUCAAAGAACCAAAGCAUUUCAAGAACAUGAAAAGAGAUGUUGGUCUGUUGACUUCAAUGAUGUAGAUACUAAGCUUAUAGCAUCAGGGUCAGAUGAUGCUAGAGUUAAGUUAUGGUCUUUGAAUAACGAUCAUUCCGUUGCUUCUUUAGAAGCAAAAGCUAAUGUAUGUUGUGUAAAAUUUAAUCCACGUAGCUCGUGUCACUUGGCAUUUGGAUCUGCAGAUCACUGUGUCCAUUAUUAUGAUUUACGUAAUAUGAAGGAAGCACUGUGCAUUUUUAAAGGUCACCGCAAGGCUGUUUCAUAUGUUAAAUUCAUUAAUAAGGAAGAAAUAGUGUCUGCAAGCACUGAUUCACAAUUAAAAAUGUGGAAUAUUAAUAAUCUACAUUGCUUGCGUUCAUUUGUUGGACAUGUUAAUGAGAAGAAUUUUGUAGGUCUUGCUACUGAUGGUGAUUAUGUAGCUUGUGGAUCAGAAAAUAAUGCACUUUAUAUAUACUACAAAGGUCUUACAAAGCAAUUAUUCUCUUACAAAUUUGAUGCUGUUCGAAGUAUAUUAGAGAUACCAGAACGAAGAGAAGAGGAUCUGAAUGAAUUUGUGUCUGCAGUUUGUUGGAAACAAAUGUCCAAUGUUGUGGUAGCAGCAAACUCUCAAGGAACUAUUAAAAUAUUAGAACUUGUUUAAAGAUAUUAACAACUUUAACAGCACUUAACAGACAUUGACAUAUUUAAAUAUGAUAUAUAUUUUGAAACUUAUUCAAUUAAGUGUUCAGACAUGAAUAAC